AAUCAUCUUUUAAAUCAACCUUUGCCCAAUCAAAGUCCAGUCGUACCUAUAGGUACUGCUACAGGAGGGACAGCAAGAGAGGAUUCCUGCAAAGGCUGCUUCACAAAGAUAUACAGAGAUGACUUCUGCUCUCCAGCCCCGAGAAUGCAAAGUGACCAAAAAACCCAAGAAGAGCUAUGGAUUUUUCCUACGUGUGGAGAAGGACACAGCAGGACAUCUCAUCCGGAACGUGGAAAAGAACAGCCCUGCUGAAAAGGCUGGCUUGAAGGAUGGAGACAGAGUCCUCAGGGUUAAUGGUGUGUUUGUUGACAAGGAGGAACAUACAAAGGUGGUGGAGAUUGUAAAGAACAGUGGGAAUUCUGUUGUAUUUCUUGUUCUGGAUGAAGCAUCUUAUAAAAAUGCAGAAAAGGAGGGAGCAAAUCUGGAAGAGCUGGGUCAAAAGGUAUCAAAAGGAAAGAAGAAGCAGCAGUCCACACAGCCCAUGGCCAAUGGAGCAAUCACUGCAGUUCCACAACCACGGCUCUGCUACUUAGUGAAGGAGGAAAAAGGGUAUGGCUUCUCCCUGAAAACCACAGAAGGUCAGAAGGGGUUGUUCAUAGUAGAUCUGGCACCACAAGGAGCAGCUGCAAAGGCGGGUGUCCAAAAUAAAGAUCGCCUGAUUGAAAUCAAUGGAAAAAAUGUGGAAAAUGACACACAUGAGGAGGUGGUGGAAAAGGUAAAGAAGUCUGGAAAUCACAUUAUGCUUCUACUUUCAAAUGAAGAAACGGACCACUAUUAUACAAGCCAGAAGAUGGUGCUGAGCAAAGAGAAUGCCAACCUAAAACUCCUUCCUCUUAAACCAAAACUUAUCGAGCUUCAGAAAGGAAAAGAUGGUUAUGGCUUUUAUCUACGGAUGGAACAAAACACUGGUGAUCAUGUAAUCAGAGAUGUUGAUCCCAAGAGCCCAGCAGCCAAGGCAGGUCUCAAAGAUGAUGAUAUCCUGGUAGCUGUCAAUGGCGAGCGAGUGGAUGCACUGGAUCAUGAAAGUGUAGUGGGAAAGAUUAAGCAGUCUGAAGAAAAAACCACAUUGUUGGUAGUGGAUAAGGAGACUGAUGCCAUGUAUAAACUGGCUCAAAUUUCCCCCUAUUCAUAUUACUACAAACUACAAAACCCAGCUCCAGCAAAAGCAGAGGAAAGAGUUGAGCUGCACACUGAACAGAAAGUGAACCACAAGCCAAGAAUCUGCAAGAUGGUAAAAGGGCCAAGUGGAUUUGGCUUCAAUUUAAACAUGGUCAAGAACAAACCUGGACUAUUUAUUAAUGAGGUACAAAGACACGGACCAGCUGAUGUAGCAGGCGUAGAAAAUAAUGAUGUUUUGGUGGAAGUGAAUGGGGUGAAUGUGAUGAAUGAGCCUUAUGACAACGUUGUGGCAAGAAUCAAAGAGAGUGGUGAUAAAGUAACACUACUGGUGUGCAGUAAAGAUGCUUACAAAUACUUCCAGGACCAGAACAUUCCCAUCACAGUCGCUAUGGCAGAUCCAGCCCAAGACACUUCUGAACCUCCUGCUUAUACAGAAACCUCAGCAGCAGAGUCAGAGAGAACCUCGCCUGAACCAAGAGAAAGGGCAAGCUCAUCUUCCUCUUCACAAUCAGCUGCCUCAGCAGGAGCAGACAGCAACAGCAGCGAUGACACAAGGCUCUGAGGAGACUGACUAUGCUGAGAACAAAAAAGAAAUCCUCCAAAUUCUUUCUUCAAUCACACUUUGCUACUGCAACUUCAGAGUUUGACUAUCCAUACGAGUACCAGACCUGUAAGGGACCGUUCUGCCUUGCUAAAAUGCCACUGCCUGAAAUAAGCACUUUAGCGUAUCCUGCAGUCCCUUAACACGCUGCAAUUGUACUUCAUUCACUGCACAAGUCUUUCUGUCUUGUAAAAUGGGGAGUAAGCCACUUACUACUGUAAAGGCUUUAAUAAUUAGAAGUACACAGUUAAGUAUACUGCAGCACAGGGAGGAAACAGUUCAUAAAUUCCUAAGUAUCUGAGCCUUUUAAGAAUGAGCGUUUAAUAAAGACCAACUGAUUUCUCACCAUCUCCCAGGAGAGACAGUUCUCCUAAUCCAAUCCCAUUAACACAAUCCUGGAGGUGACGAUCUGUGCUGUAUUUAUGGCAGUGCAAUCGCUAUGGUAUGUCAUGAAUUAAUAUACUCUGUGCAAUACACUCCUUUCUUCCACUAACACUGCAGAAAUUUCUUUCAAACAUUAAGUUAACCUCAUAAUUCAUAACUCAAAACCUAAAACCUUUAAGCACUGUUCUCUCUCCUCUCCUCCUGAAUUUGCAGAUCAUAGUGGUUAAAAGUGUAAUUCAGUCGUGCCGGUUUGUCUAAUUCCAAGUCAACACCACACAGUCUUGGAUGUUAUAUAAAUGGCUCUGCAAUAUUGCUAUUGUAUGCUUUUUGUCUCCUUCCUGUACACCAAAGACAAUACAGAAUGAAAUUGUU